UACUGUCGUUGUGACUUGGCCAUCAGUCGAUAGGUCUCAUGGAGCGUUGGCGCAACAAAGUGGCCGUGAUAUCAGGAGCCAGCUCCGGCAUUGGAGCAGCCUGUGCACGGGCAUUGGUCGGGGCUGGAAUGGUGGUAGUAGGGCUUGCUAGACGCCAGGAUCGAGUCGAACAGCUCCGCCAGGAGCUGUCCGCAGAGAAGCAAUCCCGGGUUCAUGCGAUCAGGUGCGACGUAUCUCGAAAUGAGCAAGUUGCUAAGGCUUUCGAAUGGAUCAAGAUGAACCUGGGCGCCGUGGACGUACUAAUAAGCAACGCCGGCACCAUGGCAACGGGCGAGCUUAGUGGGCAGGAUGACGCCGGAGCCAUGCUGUCUACGAUGGAGACGAAUGUAAUGGGAGGCGUAUAUUGCAUACGGGAAGCGUUCCAAUCGAUGCGCGAACGGGAAGCUGAAGGCCACGUAGUAAUCAUGAACAGUGUCGCGGGUCAACAGGUGCCCAACCUGGGACCCCAACUGCCGUCUCUAAACAUUUACCCGGCGAGCAAGUUCGCCCUCACGGCAAUGAACGAGAUCUAUCGCCAAGAAUUCCAACGGCACAAAACGCUUGUGAAAGUCACGACAAUAAGUCCUGGCAUCGUUGAUACGGACAUCUUGCCGCAGCAAAUCCAGGGCAUCAUUAAACAGCACAUGCCCAUGCUAAAGUGUGCGGAUGUUGCUGAUGCAGUGCUUUGGGCCAUCGGAACUCCGCCCAAUGUACAGGUUCACAACGUAACCAUAAAGCCACAGGGGGAAAAAUUUUAAUCUCUGUUUAACCAAAGUUGUCUGCUUAUAUAUAUAUUUAUUCGCGUUUCAAUACUUUUCACUGUACUAAUAAAGAUCGGAAACAGUUCAUGCAUGAAA